AUUCCAUUCAAUCUGUCGCGGACAUGACGCGAAUACGAUUAAAUAUGUUUACUUCGGCCUUCGUGGCGUUUCUUCUACUCCGAAUCCGCACGUGCUCGGCACAGUUUGCCAUUGCAACGUCAUCGGCAUCCGCGGGUGGUGCAGUGGCAUCCGCAUCUGCAGGUGGAGUCAGCGCCGUGGCGCAGUUGCCACAGUUUGGAUUCGGCUUAAACGAAUUUGGCUUUAACGGAUUCGGCAUGAACAACAACUUUAACGGCUUUAACAAUUUCCCGGCCAAUAAUCGUGGUGGUUCCAGACCCGGCAAUAGACGUCCCAUGCCACCACCUCCCCCUAUGCAGUGGGGCAACAACUGGAAUGGAGGUGGCAGACAACCAGCUUCUGGUUGGGGCAACUGGGAGAGUCAAGGAGGCAAUAGAAAUUCCCCUGGAUGCGGAUUCAGCUGCGGACAAACUGCUCCUGGUUGGAAUGGAGGAGGUGGUGGCUGGGAAGGUGCCGGAUGGGGUAAUGGAGGCAGACAACCACCAGGCUGGGGAAAUGGAGGAAGACAACCACCAGGCUGGGGAAAUGGAGGACAACAGCCACCAGGUUGGGGAAAUGGAGGAAGACAACCACCAGGUUGGGGAAAUGGAGGACAACAGCCACCAGGUUGGGGAGAUGGAAACGGACAGAAUCCAAAUGUUCCACCCAAUGGCAACAACAAUGGUCAAACAGCUCCCGUUAAUCCGCAACCACCGAUCAACAAUGGCAAUGCCAAUCCACCCACAAGAAAACCACAACCCACUCAACCACUGCCAACCACACAACCAACUCCAGACACGCUUAUUAUUGGCAAAAACCCUCAACCUUUAAUUGCACCCACUCCUCCACCAAAUCAGGGAAAUACGCUGAUCGUGGGCACCAAUCGUCCACCGCUGGUGCCGCCACCACAGCCCACACCAACACCGCCAGCACCAACAACAUACUCCCGAUCCAUAGAACAAUCCCGACUACGUGAAAUCAUCUUUCCCAGCUCAUUACAAUAUGUGCCUAAUCCCAUAGAGGAAACUCCAGCGGCAGAAAUCGAUGUGCGUAGAUGAUAUAAGCUGAGAGAAAUAAUUUCAUUCUGCCAGUGUAUAGAAAAAUCUAUACAGCUCUGGUCACACAUAUAGCACCAAGAGAAAUAAAAUAUUUUGCUUAUAAAGACUUAAAAUCAACUUCAUAAAUUUUGAGAUUGGUUUCAGGAAUCAACUUAAGUUAUUGUUUAUAAUAUUAUUUUUUCGCUGUCUUGAAAUAAAGCUAAAAUUAUUUUAUAAAUAUUAAAAUAUAUAAC